CCUCGCGCAAACAAUUUCAUCAACCUCUGAUAGUGUGUGCGCGUCCGCCAGGAAAACAACAAGGGUAAAACUAUGGCUCGUACAAAGCAGACUGCUCGUAAAUCCACCGGAGGAAAGGCGCCCAGGAAGCAGCUCGCCACCAAAGCUGCCAGGAAAAGCGCUCCCUCUACCGGCGGAGUGAAGAAACCCCACAGAUACAGGCCCGGUACUGUGGCUUUGCGAGAGAUUCGUCGGUACCAGAAGUCCACUGAGCUGCUGAUCAGGAAGCUGCCAUUCCAGCGUCUAGUCAGGGAGAUCGCCCAGGACUUCAAGACAGAUCUCCGAUUCCAGAGUGCUGCCAUUGGUGCUCUGCAGGAGGCUAGUGAGGCUUAUCUGGUCGGCCUGUUUGAAGACACCAACCUGUGUGCCAUCCACGCCAAGAGGGUGACCAUCAUGCCCAAGGACAUCCAGCUUGCCCGGCGAAUCAGAGGAGAACGAGCAUAAACCAAACUAUCAAUUUUUUUUUCUCUUUCUGAAUUUAUUUUUUGAGGGAAGCUGGGUGGGUGGGAUUGGCUGGGGAGGGGGGUCAUGCGUGCUUUUUUUUAUCUUUCUAUUAAUAUCAUCAGUAGGUUCAGGGAUUUUGAUCAGUCUUUUCUAUUGUCGUUUCUCCCCUCUGAGUUGUUUGUAAUUUUAUCGUUUCAGAAUACAAGUUGAUUUGCAGGAGACCUGUUUGCAAAACAUUCCUUUAGCAUUCUCAGGUUUUGAAAAGGCAUUUAUCUGUUCCAUGUACCAUGUUCAUAUUUUAGGGUGUCUGUGUUUCAUGUUGUAAAUAAACUCUCCACUACCUCAA